AUGGCUGCAGAAGGAAAGGGCGUUCUGCUCAAGGCGGAUGCUAUCGCCGAGACCUUCCGUGUAGAGAUCAAGUCGGCUCUCUCCAAUGCGUCUCGCCCUCCGAAACUGGUUGGCAUCCUCGCGACGAGUGCGUCCCCGAGCAGAUUCUACGCGGAGUUCACGAAGAAGCAGUGCGAUGCUUUGGGCGUGGAGUUCGUCCUGAGGAGGACGGGACAGGCCGCGGACGAGGCCCUCGCGCCUGGAGAGGGUGUAGAGGAGGCUAUUAUAGAAGCGAAUGAGGAUGAUACGGUGAAUGGCAUCAUGGUCUACUAUCCUAUAUUCGGCGCGCAGCAGGAUCACUAUCUGCAGCAAAUCGUGUCCCCCUUCAAGGACGUGGAAGGCCUGCACUUCAAGUUCCACUAUAACUUAUAUCAUAAUAUUCGUUUCCUCAACCCCAAGACGCUGGCGUCCUCGCUGCCUACGUCGACCAGCAACGACACCCCACCUGCCGUCAACGACGAGCCUCCUCCGGGUUACGUCAAGUCCAUCCUCCCUUGCACGCCGCUCGCGAUCGUCAAGUGCCUCGAGUACGUUGGCGUUUACAACAAGCUUCUCCCAUACGGCGACCGCGCAUACGGCAAGACCAUCACCGUCAUCAACAGGUCCGAGGUCGUCGGCCGCCCGCUCGCCGCGCUGCUCGCCAACGACGGCGCGCGCGUCUUCUCGGUCGACAUCGACUCCAUCCAGGAGUACACGAAGCGGCCCCGGCAGGCCGGCGAGUCCGAGCAGACGCAGCGCAAGUACUUCCCGCGGCACGUGGUGCACCCCGCGAGCCCGAGCCUGCAGGACGUGCUCGCGCUCUCGGACGUCGUCGUGUCCGCGGUGCCGAGCAAGGAGUACAAGGUGAAGACGGCGUGGCUCAAGGACGGGUGCGUGUGUCUGAACGUCGCCGCGGACAAGAACUUCGAGGCGGACGUGAGGGAAAAGGCGUCGCUGUAUUUGCCAACUAUCGGCAAGGUUACUAUCAUGAUGCUGCUGAGAAACCUGUAA